GUGCGUGAUGGACGAAGUCGUUUCGGGCAAAAAAUCGUGUUAAAUUAUAUGAUGGUAUCACCAAAAGCGGUUAUCGGUAUAUGUGCAGGCGUUUCAGCUACCUUAUUUCUGGGCUACUGCAUAUACUUCGAUGUACAAAGGCAUAAAGACCCGGACUUUAAGAAGAAACUAAGACAAAGACGCAGGGCCAAGAAACAGACAUGCCACAAGCGUCCGCACACCGUAUUCCCGGACAUGAAAGAUCACGAGGCGGUGCAGCAGUUUUUCCUGCAGGAAAUCCAAUUGGGGGAGGAAUUGCUUGCUGCUGGUGACCUUGAAAGCGGGGUGGACCAUUUGGGUAACGCUGUGGCGGUCUGCGGGCAACCAAACGACCUUUUGCAGGUCCUUCAACAAACCUUGCAGCCCCAGGUGUUCCACUUGCUCAUCCAACGGCUGCCCUCGGUUGCGCCACGAUUGAUGAAGGCGCAACCUGCUCCAAAUUCUUCCUCAUUGCAGGAAGAAGAUGUGGAGUGAGAGAAUGAGUGGGCAGAAGACAUUGCCUUUGUUUAGCUAGUCGUCAUUAUUAGAUCGUUCAUGGUAUACAUAUUUUACUUUUCACUUGUUAUUAUGAGAGUAAUAAAGUUUGUUGCAUCAAGCAAUACCUCUGGAUAUCUAUGUUUUGUACGUUUUUAUUUAAGUCUGAUUAUUUUUGUGUAAAUAAAAACUUUCAAUGUGUGUUACUAU